AAUUAUGAAUGUCAUAAUCCGCGAUGUAGAUUACAGUCAUGCAAAGAGAAACCGGUUUUCUUCUUAACAACUGGGAGACGGUCCCAUCCCACGUGGAUAGGCCGUCGAUGAAGCGGGGAUAAGUUACAACGGUACUUUCACAUGACGCUUUUCGUUGCUCAAAAGUAAACUCACUGCAGACUGUUAGUUGAGUUAACUCUAGUCACGUUUAAAUCAAAAUUACUAUGUCAGACGACAAGAGGUACGAUAGAAAAGAGAACGAAAAGAAAACUCCAUACAUUAUAAGAAGACAAAUCAUGAGUUUGAAGAUGAAGACAGUUCUAAAGAUUAUUUUAUCUUCUGUAGCGGGCCCGUUGAUCUUUUACGGUAUAUCUUUUAUUUAUCAAACAUACUCAAAGCAUCUAUUUGAAAGACCAAUGACAAUAAACGAGAAUCAACCCAAAUUCUGGAUCUACGCCAAAAGCAACGAUACCGGUUACUUGAAGCAUGUAUACGCGGUACUCCAACGACUCGGUUUUCAAGAGAGCAAAAAUGAGUCUGACUGGGAUCUAUUGUGGGCCCAUGAUUAUCCGUUUCGCGUGCUGUCCGCGAAAUUAGGUAGACUGCGGGAACAUCAGCGAAUCAACCAUUUCCCUGGUUGUGGCUACAUCACGAACAAGGUGGAUCUGUCGACGUCGCGCGGCGGGCGAUAUAUACCAGCGGCGUUCAAGAUACCUGAGGACCAACAAGCCUUCCUCGACUAUGCCAAGUCAAAUCCCGCGAAGCUGUUCGUACAGAAAUCGAACGAUCAUCGGGGCAUUCGCAUUCGCGGCAACAAUGACGCGAACUUCACCGAUGGCACGUUCGUUCAAGAAUUCAUCGAGCGACCGUUCCUCGUGGAUGGCUACAAGUUCGACAUUGGCGUGUACGUUGUCAUCACGUCCGUAGAUCCGCUGCGACUAUACGUCUACAAGGGCGACGUGCUGUUUCGCUUCUGUCCGGUGAUAUAUUAUCCUUUCGAUCCAGAAGUUCUAGACAAGUACGUGGUUGGCGACGAUUAUCUACCGAUUUGGAACGUGCCAUCUUUGAAGAGAUACUACACUGAGUUCGGGUUCUCGAUGAAAGAUACGUUCGACGCGUACGUCAGAGAGCGCGGAAAGAAUCCGACCGAAAUGUGGGAGCGAGUGUAUGAUGCUACCCGGGAAGUCGUGUUGAUGAAGGAGAUGCAAAUAAGAGAAGUUUCUAGGCGCUUCGGCAAUGGCAGGAAUUUCUUCGAGCUCGUGAGAUUCGAUCUGGCUCUCGACGAGGACCUGAAUGUCUAUAUGAUGGAGGCGAACAUGUCGCCGAAUCUGUCUUCCGCGCAUUAUCCACCAAAUCAAUUGCUCUACGAGCAAGUCAUAUUCAAUACGUUUGCGCUGAUCGGUAUCGGCAAGAGGAUCAGAAGAGGAUCCUUGAAGACUAGAAAUAAAGCAGAGGAAGAAAUGGAGGUAGCAAACAAAAACAUUGUGGUGCUACCAGAGCUCUGCAAGGAAUGCAAGGAUUGCUUUCGCAUAGAGUGCCAGUUGUGUAGGCCUUGUUAUACACUGGAAACAAAAUUUAUUUUGUCGCAGAGUUAUCUUGAACAUCAGAAUCAGAUGGAUUUUCAACGAAUCUUCCCGCCUCCGAUUACAAAGGAUAUGGUGUUACAAAACUAUACACUGAGAAACCAAUUACUCAUCAGAUGGUACCAAGGAAAAUGCGAAUUGGAUAAGACAUGGUGCAGUUGACAUCAUAUGAUAUAGUUAGAAGUCUAUCUUGUAAGUAUUACAUG